GGCGCCAUCUUUCAACAAUUUUGAUCGAUGGCAUUGUGUUAAAAUCAAGUUCUCUCUAAGUUCUGUGAAUCGAGGAAAAAUGGUUCUAACUGGGGAAGAUACGACACCUUAUGCUCAAGAGCCUACAAAGUUAAUUCAGCCUCGGUCUCACACAGCAAAAAUAUGCAUCUGGGCAGAUUUAUCUGUGGAUGACAUUGACAGACUGAAUGAAUCCCAGAAUGCUGACCAUAUCAAAAAAGUGUUGGCAGAAAUAUUUCACCUGGAGGAUUACCAACAGGAUCUGAAAACUGGAGUACUCAUUGACCUCUACUAUUACACUGUUCAGUUUGCCAGAGAUCAUUCCUUCAACAAGGAGCAGACCUCCACAUUAUUCUCUAUUGUCAAGAAGACUCACGAGGUCUGCAUAGAAACUCCAUUUGGAAAUGUUGAUCAGACGUUUGCCUACUUCAAAGAGCUCAUGCUGUGCCAUGCUGUAAAUCGCCCACCCCACAGUAUUGAGCUAUUCAGUGCAGAUGAGGUGAAGAGCAUCACAGAGUAUGUGAUAAACACAUACUUCAGACAUUUCAAGAUGUACAAGUAUGCAUUCACACCCUUGGUGAGGUUAGAUCUGAGCAUGAACUACAUCGGGAUGCCUGACCCCCCACCAGAGCCUGAAGAGUCUGGAGUUGUCUCUCCUGAGUCAGGUGCACCAGAAGAGGGAGUUGGUGGACAUGAGACACCAACCAGUGAAAGAGAAAAGAGUGAUCUCAUGGAGGAACCAGAGGCCAAGCCUGAAGAGUCUGCAGCCAAGAAGGAACUGCGCUCCAUGAUCAAAAACUACCUGGCUGAGGAGAUGAAGAAGAUGAAGAUGUCAGUAGAGGAUCAGCUGAAAACCACAGAAGAUGUGCUGAUUAAGAAGUUAGAGGUGGUGGAGGGGGCUACGGCCAAGAAAGGUGGAAAAGGAUCAGCAAAGGGGAAGAGAAAAUAAUCUAACCACUGUUUCAAUCUGUUUGCUGUCGCCAUGGUGAUGAAGCUUUGGGCAAGUCCUGCAAGUAGGCGUGUCCUCAGUGCCAAGUCUUCGAAGUCAUGACGGAAGUGAAAUGCAAUGCUGUCCACGACAACCAACUUGACCUGUAAAAACAUG